AAGAAGCAAAGCAAAGCAAAGCAGUUCUGUUUCAGUCGGAGCUUCUAUUUCUUUGCCCCCUCUCCUCCACAUUCUCUGUCUGUUUCAUCAGUCAUGGCAGGCAUCUUUGAGGCCCCGCGAAAUGCGGACACGCUUUUCUUGGGUGGACAGAAAAUCACCGGUGCCGAUGUACGGGAGCAGAACGUGCUUGCCACGCAGGCCAUCGCAAAUGUCGUCAAGAGCUCCUUUGGUCCCUCCGGAUUGGACAAGAUGAUGGUGGAUGAUAUUGGCGAUGUUACGGUGACCAACGACGGUGCCACCAUUCUCAGUCUUCUCGAUAUCGAGCACCCCGCCGGAAAAAUCCUCGUCGACUUGGCUCAACAACAGGAUAAGGAGGUCGGUGAUGGUACCACGUCGGUCGUUUUGAUUGCUGCAGAGCUCCUGCGACGAGGCAACGAAUUGAUGAAGAACCGCAUACACCCUACCACCAUCAUCAACGGUUACAGACUUGCCCUCAGAGAAGCCGUCAAAUAUAUGAACGAGAACAUCACCACGAAGGUUGAGACCCUUGGAAAGGACAGUCUGGUCAACAUUGCGAAGACUUCUAUGUCCAGCAAGAUCAUUGGCGCAGAUGGCGACUUCUUCGCCAACAUGGUCGUCGACGCCAUGCUGGCCGUCAAGACCACCAACCAGAGAAACGAAGUCAAGUAUCCCGUUAAGGCUGUCAACCUGCUGAAGGCGCACGGAAAGAGCAGCAAGGAGUCCGUCCUCGUCAACGGCUACGCUCUAAACUGCACCGUCGCUUCCCAAGCCAUGAAGACCCGGAUAACCGAUGCGAAGAUUGCCUGUUUGGACAUGAACCUGCAGAAGGAGAGAAUGAAGCUGGGUGUUCAGAUCACAGUCGACGAUCCCGAUCAGCUGGAGAAGAUCCGCGAGAGAGAAGCCGGCAUCGUUCUCGAGCGUGUUGAGAUGAUCCUCAAGUCCGGAGCUAAUGUCGUCCUCACCACCAAGGGUAUCGACGACAUGGUUCUCAAGCUUUUCGUUGAGAGGGGUGCCAUGGCCGUCCGUCGUUGCAAGAAGGAGGAUCUCCGCCGGAUCGCUAAGGCCACCGGUGCCACCUUGGUGAGCACCCUGUCAGACUUGAACGGGGAUGAGAAGUUCGAGGCCUCGAACUUGGGUUACGCAGAGGAAGUUGUGCAGGAGCGGAUAUCCGAUGAUGAGUGUAUCCUUGUCAAGGGCACCAAGGUACACACUUCUGCUUCGAUCAUCCUGCGAGGUCCCAACGAUUUCACCCUGGACGAGAUGGAGCGUUCGGUGCACGACUCAUUGUGCGCCGUAAAGCGGACUCUGGAGAGCGGCAGCAUUGUCCCUGGUGGUGGUGCCGUUGAGACUGCUCUUCACAUUUAUCUGGAGGAGUUCGCCGUCACAGUUGGCUCUCGUGAGCAACUCGCCAUCGGCGAAUUCGCCCAGUCCCUUCUGACCGUCCCCAAGACCUUGGCCGUCAACGCCGCCAAGGACUCUUCUGAGCUUGUUGCCCAGCUCCGUGUCCGACAUGCCCUUUCGCAGCGUGUGCAGGACGGUGAUGCCAACGAGGAGGAGAAGGCCAUCGCCAAGAAGAAGACCUACCGCAACUACGGUCUCGACCUGACCAAGGGUCGUGUCCACGACACCCUCAAGGCCGGUGUUUUGGAGCCGAGCAUGGGUAAGAUCAAGCAGCUCAAGAGUGCCGUCGAGGCCUGCAUUGCCAUCAUGCGUAUCGAUACCAUGAUCAAGUUGGACCCCGAGAGGCAGGAGGAUGAUGGACACGGCCACUAAACAUGUUUGGAACGCGAUUUUCCAUCCGUUUCCUUGUUUCUUCAUGCGGAGUUCUAGAUAUUUAGGAUGAAGGAAGAGAAAAAGUAUAAUCAAGAUAUGAAGUACAUUAUUGUAUCAUCUGGAUAUUGUUUCAUUGUGCUUUCUUCUGAGGCC